AUGGGAAUUUCAUCAUCAAAUCCUUUAGCGUCAUUUAAGAAAUUUUCAAGAGAAAGAGGUGUUAAACUCUUUGUGGCUGGAUUAGAUGCUGCAGGAAAAACAUCAAUGAUGUAUAGGCUUAAAAAUUUUCAACAAAAUUCUGCUGAGUUUGAAUAUGGGGUUUAUAAUUAUUGUGAGAACAUUUGAAUUCAAAAUAUAUACUUUAUUAAUUUAGAUCUUGGUGGGGUAAUGCGAUUUAAAGAUUUAUUUCAACUUUCCUACCAGGAGAACAUUAAAGGAAUUAUUUUUGUUGUGGAUUCGAGUGACAGAGAUAGAAUUGAGGAUGCAAAGUCAGACUUUCAGGAAAUUUUAAGACAAGAGCUACUUAGUGGCAUUCCAGUUUUAAUAUUGGCAAACAAGCAAGAUCUACCUGGAGUUAUGACGGUAGAUGAAAUUAAAGAAAAGUUUGAAUUAUUUUUAAUUAGAGGUAGAAGUUGAUACCUUCAAGGGUGCUCUAUGAUAACUAACAAUGGAUUAUCUGAAGGACUAGAAUGGCUCUCAAGAGCAAUCCAAUCAGACUCAUAA